UCUCGCCUUUAUCACGAUUUUUUUUCAGUAAAUGGUUGCUCGUGUGAUAGAAGUGAUUGUUGUCGGGUUUCUUUGUGUCUGAAAUAAAAUUAAAACGCCACAAAAUGAAACCCCUGAUGUUGCACGGGCACGAGCGUGCCACCACCAAAAUAAAAUAUAAUAGAGAAGGUGACCUGCUGUUCUCUGCCAGUAAAGAUAAGCAACCUAAUGUUUGGUAUGCAUUGAACGGAGAGCGUCUUGGGACUUUCAACGGCCACAACGGUUCCGUAUGGUGUAUCGAUGUCAACUGGGAUACCACACGACUCUUAUCCGGCAGUGGUGACAAUACGCUGAGAGUCUGGGACUGUCAAACUGGCAAGGAGAUAGGUCAGUUGAGCACAAACAGUUCUGUAAGAGCGUGUGGUUUUAGUUAUUCAGCAAAUCUCGCCGUGUUCUCCACUGAUAAGGCCUUGGGUCAUCAGUGCGAGAUGUUUAUCAUGGACGUGCGAAAUGUCGAUUCUACAUUAUCUCAGGAAGAUGCAAUUUCCAGGAUCUCUGUCAAUGGUCCUAGAAUUUCUGCUAUAUUAUGGGGUGCUUUGGAUGAGACUAUUAUUACGGGCCACGAGGAUGGCGAGAUUAAACUUUGGGACGUGAGGACAGGGAAAAAGUUGUCCAGCGUCAAAGGUCACAAAUCACAGAUAAAUGACAUGCAAUGUAAUAAGGAUGGGACCAUGUUUGUAACCGCAUCCAAAGAUCAUACAGCAAAACUUUUUGAUAGCGAAUCUUUAAUGCUACUGAAGACAUACAAGACGGAAAGGCCCGUAAAUUCUGCUACAAUAUCACCGAUUUUUGAUCAUGUGGUUCUUGGUGGUGGUCAAGACGCUAUGGACGUCACUACAACGUCCGCGCGACAAGGCAAAUUUGACUCACGAUUCUUCCAUCUAGUAUUCGAAGAGGAAUUUGCACGUUUGAAAGGACACUUUGGCCCCAUUAAUUCCCUUGCUUUUCAUCCUAAUGGUCGUAGUUAUUCUACAGGUGGAGAAGAUGGAUAUAUUCGUAUUAACAAUUUCGAUCAAUCUUACUUUGACUUCCAUUUUGAAUAUUAAGUUUAUCAAUUGAAAGAUACAUUUACAUAAUAAAAUGUAUAUAUUAUUCUACCAGAAUCAAAUACAUACUGUGUAAUCAUUUCUCUAAACUACACAAAUUUAAACAACAAAAACUUUUACAGCAAAUAUAACUUUCUUAUAUGAAAUACCUAGAUAAUUGUUAUCAUGUUGUAAACAAUUGUAUUUUGUUGGCAAUAUGACAGUAUUAUCAAUCGUAUGAUUAAUCACACUUGAUUAUCUAGACAUGUCCAACAAUAAAAA